AUGCCUCACAUACCGCCGACCAUCGAGCUUCUCGAGCAUGCGCAACUCCAAUAUAGAAGAAAGGAGUAUGUCAAAGCCAUAGACCUCCUCGAUCUGGCCAUCAAGCAUGAACCAUCACCAACAGUGAAAUUGCUCGACACACGUGCAGCAGUCUAUGAAAAGCUCGGCGAUCACAAGCUAGCUCUCAAGGAUGCCCGAACUUGCAUUCGUAUCUUCGAAAAGGAUCCUACUGGUUACUUGAGAGCAGGCAAAGUGCUUCAGAUAAUGCAGAAGACUGAUGUCGCUCUGAGCAUCUACAAACAUGGAAUCAGCAAGAAGGUUAACAAUGUUGAGCUGCUUCAAAAAAUGCAUGACAAGCUGCUACUAUCCCUCGCGCCCGACAAAGCCGCAGAUCCCUUUGCUCAACUCCCUAUCGAAAUCGUCGAGAUGGUUCUAGCGUACCUAAACUUCCGCCAAAUCGUAUACUGCACCCGCGUAUCAAAGCAGUGGAAUAUUUUCAUCAACAGCUUGCCUGGCCUUUGGAUGAACUUGGACUUUUCGGAAGCCAAAAAGCCUGUCAGGUCUGCUUUCCUCAGUCGUUGUAUCAACACGUCCAAACGUAAAGUUAUAUCCGCCACCUUGAAACAUGUCAAGGACAUGGAGAAGGUCAUCAAGGCUCUGGCCCGAAGUUGUCCGGAGUUUAACUCACUCCGUCUUGUCGAUGGCGGGUUGCAAGGAGAAAAUCUUGUCCACAACCUCAAAUCGGCCACCAAGCUGAAGAAACUUACGCUUGGCGCUUCUGCCAGUAUUUCAUCUAUGACCCUUCCCAGCCUUCUCCUAGGUUGUGAGAAUCUAGAAGAGUUCGAGUGCAGAGCAAUCAUACCCGGUAGCCUGAAUCUGCAUUGGAAAGGCGAGUUUCCUAAGCUUCGUCGUCUGAAGUUGAUGAGAAACUUCCAGUCACCAAAUCGCUCAAUGCAUAUUCUUCGCAUUUCCACGCUCCUAGCGCUGAUGCCAAACCUGCAAUCUCUCGCACUAAACGACUGGGCGACACCCUACGACAUCCUAUCACUCGGAGAAGUAGCCAAAAAUCUGAUCGAAUUAGACAUGACGUCCGACGUGUCUUCCGGUCCAGUCCCUUUCCCAUUUCACGAUCUUCCACAAACUCUUCGCGUGUUGCGACUCGAUCUUGACAGGCCACUCAGUAGUGUCGUUCUGCUGAGCCCCAAAGACUUCUUUCUACCCAAUCUCGAGGAACUUGUCUGUUGUGGUGCAGACAUGGCCAGUCUCUUCCUGUCAGACCCUGAACUCAUUUCGAAAUACCCGGACCCUGCAGAUAACAGAUUCCUCAAACAGUCUAAUCUAUCUAAGCUCUGCACACUACAUGUGCAAUGCACAGGCGCAGCACAACCGAUAACUUCGCUUCUCGCUCUUCCUCGAUUGGAACGCCUGCGUAGCCUGCGACUGACGCACAAUUCUAAUGUCAGCGAUGACGUGGUGAAGCAUAUCGCUACCAAUCUGAAGCAGUUGCAAGAUAUUGAUCUGUCCUCGACGAUGAUCACGGGCGCGGGCGUGCGCAUACUUGUCGAUGGUCUCAAGUCAUCUCUGAGGACACUCAAAUUCGUCAACGUUUGGCAUUGCAGUCCAGAUGCACCGGAAUGGGCGAGAGAGCAAGGUAUACGCGUGCAGUAUUCGCAAAACGCCGACACCAAGCCGAAGGGACGUAAAAUUCGGUAUGAAUGA